GAACCAAAUAGAAUCAAUUAGAGCUCGAUAAAACAUCAAAAUCUUCAAUUUCAGGCCCUAAUUCCAGAUUCUCAUCUCCUCAACGUGGAUUGAUUUCAUCGAUCAAAUGGAGAUGAGAAUAGAAUCAAAAUCCUCCACCGGAAUAUCCUUAAACAUUCCGGUGAAUGAUUCCAACAAUGCGACGUCGUUUCUACCUAAACGUCUUCGCAAACGCCUUAAAAGUCCGUCCAUUAUUACCGCACAAGAUAUCGAAACUAAGCUUAAACACGCCGAAUUACGUCGUCAGCAAUUUUAUGAGUUAUUGUCAAACAAGGCACGGCCAAAAUUUAGAUCGUCAACAUGCUCAUUAUCGCAGGAUGGGGAGCUUAGAAAGCAACUAGAAGCCAAGCUUCUUGCUGCUGAAAAGAAGAGGUUGAGCAUCCUUGCAAAAGUUCAGAAGCGCUUGGCAAGAUUAGAUGAGCUUAGACAAGCGGCUAAAAAUGCUGUGGAAAUGCGUUUUGAGAAAGAACGUGAUGAACUGGGCAAUAAGGUUGAGUCACGAGCUCUGCGUGCAGAAUUGAACCGGAGGCUUCUUCUUAAAGCUUGUAAACAACGGAAGGCUGCAAAAAAGGAACGGAUUUCACAGUUAUUAACGAGGAGGGUAAUGCAAGAGAGCAAAUACAGAGAGUGUGUCCGGGCUGCUAUUCACCGGAAGCGGGCUGCUGCUGAAAAGAAACGGUUGGGAUUGCUGGAAGCAGAGAGGUCAAAGGCACAUGCAAGAAUAUUACAAGUUAAACGGAUAGCAAACUCUGUAAUUAGUCAACGGGAGAUUGAGAGGAUAAGACUAAAAGAUCAACUGGAGGAUCGUCUCCAAAAGGCUAAGAGGCUCAGAGCAGAGUAUUUAAAGAAAAGGAGAAGUCUGCUAAGUUCACGUCGUGCCUGUUCAGAUAUAAUUGCGUGGGGGGAGUUUUUGUCUAUUAACGUAGCAAGGUGCUGGAGGCGGUUCAUCCAACUAAGACAAACAACUUUUUCAUUGUCUAAAGCAUAUAUGACCCUAGAUGUUAACAGAAAAUCUGUUGAAGGAAUGCCAUUUGAGCAACUUGCAGUGAAGAUUGGGUCAAGUGUGACCAUCCAAAAGGCAAAAACAUUACUCGAUCGACUAGAGUGCCGCAUUGGUAUAAGACGUGAGCUUCUCGGUCCCAGAGAUGUACUUUGUUUUGAAAAUAUUGAUCAUCUUAUUAAGCGUGCCGCUUCCAGUGUCUCAUCUAGGGGGAAAGUGGCAGCUCCAGUCAAGUUAUCAAGGUACCCAGCCAGAGUAGUUCUCUGUGCAUAUAUGAUUCUAGGACAUCCAGAUUCAGUUUUCACUGAAAAGGGACAGUCUGAAAUUGCUCUUGCUGAAUCUGCUGGAACCUUUGUUAAAGAGUUCGAAUUGCUGCUUAAAAUUAUGAUAGGAGGUCCCAUUAAAUCUACAGGAGAAGAAAGCCCAGCGAGGCUGGCUUUCAGUUCUCAGCUUAAAACUUUCGAUAAAGCAUGGUGCUCUUAUCUGUUUCACUUUGUGAUGUGGAAAGUUAAGGAUGUCAAGUUGUUAGAAGAGGAUUUGAUAAAAACUGCUUGUCAACUGGAGCUCUCCCUAAUGCAAACUUUCAAGCAGGUUAUGGGAGAUUACAGUGAUCUCACAGCCGAAUUCAGUUCUUUCCAGAGGCAGGUGAUUGAAAAUCAGAAACUUAUUUGGGCAAAGGUUCAGCUGCUGGGUGGUGAUGCUGGACUUGAACGUCUGGAACAUGCUCUUUCUGAGCUGCGAUCUAGUUUUAUUGACUCUGUGGAGACUGAUUCUCCGAGUUCAGCUGGUUCAUCUGAAAACUCUGAAAUCAAGAAUUUGGAGGAGUGUGAUGUAAUUGAAAGGUCUUAUGGUACACAGCCCAUUGCUUGCCCCGUGUCUGUGGAAGAUGAUUCAUACUUGUGCGAUAAACGUGGUUCUGGAACUCCUCAAAAAAGCAUAGCUACUGGUCCAUCACUUGCGACAGAGAAUGAAGUGCUUGUGAAUGAAAUUGUUCACAAGGGUUGUGGCUUGGAGACCAUUAGUGAAGACCAAGAGAGUAUGAAGGCUAGAGUGAAAGAGAGAACGGAAAAGGCUUUCUGGGAUGGUGUUAUGCAAUCCUUGAAUCAGGAUAACCCUGAUUACAGUUGGGUUCUCAAACUUAUGAAGGAAGUACAAAAUGAACUGUGUGAGAUGUCUCCUCCAAGUUGGAGACAGGAGAUCGUCGAUACCGUUGAUAUUGAUAUCCUAUCACAGGUUCUAAACUCAGGGACAUUGGACAUGGAUUAUUUUGGAAGGAUUUUGGAAUUUGCAUUGGUUACUUUGCAGAAACUCUCAGCACCUUUGAUUGAAGAUCAAUUGAUAACUAAUCACCAGAAAUUCUUGAAAGAACUAGGGGAAAGUACUCAGGGUGGAGGAAACAGCACUGCAUUGUUUGCUGAUUUGGUUAUCAAGGGUUUGCAAUUUGUUCUAACACAAAUUAAGAAACUCAAAGGUGAAAUAAGCAAAACACGCAUCAAAUUGUUAGAACCAUUAAUCAAGGGACCUGCUGGUUUUGAAUACCUUAGAAGUGCUUUUUCCAACCGCUAUGGUCCUCCUAUUGAGGCUCCUAGCUCUCUACCAUUAGUGAAGCAAUGGCUAUCUUCUAUCAUGUUAAUGGCUGCGCAAGAGUGGGAUGACCACCGGAAUUCAUUAUCAUCUCUGAGGUUGAGCAGUGGGGCACAUUCUUUGGAGAAAGCUCCAAUCACACUUCGCGCUGGAGGUAGCUCUCUAAGGAUAUCAGAUCCUCCAAACCUUCAGACCAAUGCAGCCGAACAACCAGAAUGCAAAGGAGAGAAGGUUGAUCUGUUUUUAAGGCUCGGUUUGUUGCAACUUGUCUGUGAGAUUGAGGGGUUGACAGUGGAAACACUGCCCGAGACUUUGAGAUUGAAUUUCUCCAGAUUGAGAGCUGUCCAGUCUUUCCUCCAGAAAAUCAUUGUAAUCAGUACUAGCAUAUUGGUUUUGCGGCAGACUCUUCUUGCUGAAUGCCUGGUUACCAACCCCUCAGACAUGGAAGAUAUAGCAUCUAAAUCUGUUACAAAGCUGUUUAAUCUUCUGGAUAACGUGGAGGAUGCUGGUAUAACUGAAGUCGUUGAGACACUGAACCUUUGCCUAGAAGGUGAUGAGCCAGAGAAGCGCCAAGCACGGAAGGAGAUCAUGGUGAACGUGUUGGCAAAGAGCUUGCGAGCAGGGGAUGCCAUUUUCACUCGAGUUUCCCGCACUGUUUUCUUGGCAGCAAAAGCGAUUUUACUUUGCGGAAGCGGAGCUGAGGGUAGGCGAUUGGCGGAGAACACCCUGAAACGUGUCGGGGCGACUCUACUCACAGGAAAGCUGGUUGAGUCUAUGGAAGAUCUGUUGGUUGUGGCAACUGUGUCAGCCAGAGUUCAUGAUUCAUGGUAUCGAGAGUUGCUUAAAGAUAUGAGAGCUUUGUAGCUUAUUAGCACACACUUCUUCAAGAAAUUGUCAGCUUGCAUUUAUAUACAUGU